GUGGAACGCCACCGUAGCGAGCAAGCCAGACUUGUUUUUUUCAUUCACACUGGGAGAACCGUUGAUCCGAUUUUCAGCCCGGAGAUAAAGGAAAUGUUUUGCAUGAACAAUCGAUAGCUAACCAGGCUAAUGAAGCCCUCCACCACCAGCACCAGGUGGCCCAGAACAGCCUUCUGCCGCUGCUCAACUCCGGCGCAGAGCCCGUGGACCAGAAGCCCAUCCUGCCCAUCCCGCUGGACCAGAAGCCCCCGGCCAGCGCCGCAGAGCUGCUGAAGGACAACGUUGCGAGCGGCGGGGGGCGGGGGCUCAUGCCCGUGGUGAAGAAGGAGCACAAGAGCAAGACCCCCUUCAUCUGCGGCUACUGCAACAAGGCCUUCCGGGACAGCUAUCACCUGCGGCGCCACGAGUCCUGCCACACCGGCGUCAAGAUGGUGUCCAGGCCCAAGAAGACGGCGCAGACGGCGCCCACCAUGGUGCCCCUCAUCUCCACCAUGCCCCGCGAGAAUAACGCCCCCUCCUACAUCUCCACCAUCGCCGGCAUCUUCACCACAGCCACCACCUCGGUCUCCUCCGGCUCCAGUAUCAUGACGGCCGCCUCCAUGAUCAACGUUCCCCAGCAGGGAGGCCCAAAGAAGCCCCCCAAGCCCGUGAAGAAGAACCACGGCUGUGAGAUGUGUGGGAAGGCCUUCCGAGACGUGUACCACCUGAACCGCCACAAGCUGUCCCACUCGGACGAGAAGCCCUUCGAGUGUCCCAUCUGCCAGCAGCGCUUCAAGAGGAAGGACAGGAUGACCUACCACGUGCGCUCGCACGACGGGGGUGUGCACAAGCCCUACGUCUGCUCUGUCUGCGGGAAAGGCUUCUCCAGGCCAGAUCACCUUAGCUGCCACGUGAAGCAUGUCCACUCCUCAGAAAGACCGUUCAAAUGUCAAGUAACGGCCUGCACCUCUGCCUUCGCCACCAAAGACCGACUCCGCUCCCACAUGAUCCGACACGAGGGCAAGGUCACUUGUAACAUCUGUGGGAAGAUGCUGAGUGCUGCCUACAUCACCAGCCACCUGAAGACUCACGGACAGGCCAACUUCAACUCCUGCAACAAAGGGAGCUGGCAGUGGAAUUCCUCAGGGGCACUGAAAGACAGCAACAAUGUCUGCCACUCAGCCUCGGCCACACCCGUCACUGCCUCCGCCCCCAUCACCACGGCGAUGAACAGGGGUAUCUCUAGCAACAACCCCAUCACCAUAGCAUCGGCGAUGAACAUUUCCACCAACACGGUAAACAUCAGCUCUCCAGUCAGCCUCCAUCACCCGGUCACCAUCACCGGGCCCGUCAACAUCCCCGCGUCGGCUGCCAUGAACAUCGCCCACCCUGUGGCCCUCACCACCUCCAUGCCCAUGAAUAUAUCCGGGCCCCUCAACAUCGCCAUGAGGCCCAUGGAGAGCAUGCCUUUUCUGUCCCAAGUCCUGCCUUCAUCCCCACCCUGGUAAACGGCAGAGAGAACGAUGAAAGGGAAAAUGGAUGAACGAGAGACUCCUGUCCCCUCCCCCUCCAGCCCCCUCCCCACCCCUCCCUCCUCCCCC